CUAAAAAAUCGACACAUCUUCUUUAUUCUUCUCUUCCUUUUUUUUUUCUGGGUUUAUGUACAAAGAGUAAGAAGAUCGAUCUCUCUGUUUCCUAAAGAGCUGGUGAUUACUUUUCAAGCUUCUCUACAAGAGUGACAGACAAUCUAAGGUGAAGAAGCAAGCAUUUGAUUCCAAAGGGGAUUUUUAAAUUUGAUAUAGAGAUUAAGCUUAAGAGUUAAAAGAGAUGGCAACACUAGAAGAUAUUGGAGUAGCAGCAACAAUCAACAUACUCACUGCAAUCAUCUUCCUUUUGGCAUUUGCAAUCUUGAGGAUUCAACCAUUCAACGAUAGGGUUUAUUUCCCUAAAUGGUAUCUUAAAGGUAUCAGAAGCAGCCCUUUGCAUUCAGGUGCUCUUGUCAGCAAGUUUGUCAAUGUUAACUUAGGCUCCUACCUACGGUUCUUGAACUGGAUGCCCGCGGCUCUAAAGAUGCCCGAGCCUGAGCUUAUUGACCAUGCUGGAUUGGAUUCUGCUGUCUACUUGAGGAUUUACUUGAUAGGGCUUAAGAUCUUUGUCCCGAUAGCUUUACUUGCGUGGUCGAUUCUUGUACCUGUCAAUUGGACUAGUGAUGGGCUGCAACUAGCAAAGCUUCGUAAUGUAACAUCUAGUGACAUUGAUAAGUUAUCGAUCUCGAAUAUCGAACGUGGAUCAGACAGGUUUUGGACUCAUCUUGUGAUGGCUUAUGCAUUCACAUUCUGGACUUGCUAUGUUCUAAUGAAAGAGUAUGAGAAAGUAGCUGCUAUGCGUUUGGCAUUUCUCCAGAACGAGCAACGGCGCCCUGAUCAGUUCACGGUUUUGGUUAGGAACGUACCAGCCGACCCAGACGAGUCCAUUAGUGAGAGUGUGGAACAUUUCUUCCUAGUUAACCAUCCGGACCAUUAUCUUACGCAUCAGGUUGUGUACAAUGCAAACGAUUUGGCGGCAUUAGUAGAGCAGAAGAAGAGCACACAGAACUGGCUUGACUAUUACCAAUUGAAGUAUACAAGGAACCAGGAACAUAAGCCAAGGAUAAAGACGGGUUUUCUCGGGCUAUGGGGAAAGAAAGUUGACGCAAUCGAUCACUAUAUAGCUGAAAUCGAGAAAUUAAACGAGCAAAUAUUGGAGGAGAGGAAAAAAGUAAGGAAAGAUGAUACAAGUGUAAUGCCAGCAGCUUUUGUCUCGUUUAAAACACGGUGGGGUGCUGCGGUUUGUGCACAGACUCAACAGUCGAGUGAUCCGACCGAAUGGUUAACUGAAUGGGCUCCCGAGGCGCGGGAAGUGUUUUGGUCGAACCUCGCAAUACCUUAUGUCUCUUUAACAGUAAGAAGACUUAUAAUGCACAUUGCAUUCUUCUUCCUCACCUUCUUCUUCAUGAUUCCAAUAGCCUUUGUUCAAUCCCUUGCAAGCAUCGAAGGCAUUGAGAAAUACGCUCCUUUCCUCAAAUCCAUCAUCGAGAAGGAUCUUGUUAAAUCGGUUAUCCAAGGUUUUCUUCCGGGUAUCGUGUUGAAGCUCUUUCUAAUAUUUCUGCCAAGCAUUUUGAUGGUAAUGUCGAAGUUCGAAGGGUUUGUAUCGCUAUCAUCAUUAGAGAGAAGAGCGGCUUUUCGAUAUUAUAUCUUUAACCUCAUCAAUGUCUUCCUCGGAAGCAUAAUCGCGGGCUCUGCAUUUGAACAGCUCGAGUCUUUCCUCAAACAAUCCGCAAGGGAGAUUCCUAAGACGGUUGGAGUAGCGAUACCGAUAAAAGCAACGUUUUUUAUCACAUAUAUAAUGGUGGACGGUUGGGCGGGUAUUGCAGGGGAGAUUCUGAGGCUGAAACCUCUUAUCUUUUUCCAUAUAAAGAACUCCUUAUUGGUGAAAACCGAAAAGGAUAGAGAAGAAGCAAUGAACCCGGGACAGAUUUAUUACCAUGCGACAGAGCCUCGGAUUCAACUCUACUUCCUCCUCGGUCUUGUCUACGCCCCUGUGACUCCAGUUCUACUCCCUUUCAUUAUAAUCUUCUUCGCAUUGGCUUACCUUGUCUUUCGUCAUCAGAUCAUAAAUGUGUACAAUCAAGAAUACGAAAGCGCGGCUAGGUUCUGGCCAGAUGUUCAUGGACGUAUAAUAUCAGCAUUGAUCAUCUCGCAAAUCCUUUUGAUGGGACUACUGAGCACUAAGGGAGCUGCUCAAUCCACGCCUUUCCUCCUCGUCUUACCGAUCCUAACCUUUUUCUUCCACCGGUUCUGCAAAGGCCGGUAUGAACCAGCAUUCCUCCGUCACCCCUUGAAGGAAGCUAUGGUGAAAGAUACAUUGGAACGAGCAAGAGAACCCAACUUUAAUCUGAAACCGUAUCUUCAGAAAGCAUAUAUUCAUCCGGUUUUCAAAGAUAAUGACUAUGAAGAUAGCCGGUUUGAUGAAAUAUCCGGUUAUUGCAUCGAAGAUUCGGAUGAUGAGUGUGUUACUGUACCGACUAAACGUCAGUCCCGGAUAAAUACACCGGCGGUUAGCCAUGCUAGCCGCGGUUCUUCGCGCUCACCACCAUCAAAGUGAUAACGAGACCCAUUGAUUCACUUAAACCGGGAUUGGGUUUAUACGGUAUAGAAAGAAUCAGAAUUAACAUGUUGAAUAUUU